GCCCGGCCGCCCCCCGCCCGCCGAUCCGGCCCCGCGAUGACUCCCCGUCUGCCGAGGAGCCUGCGGCGGCUGCUCCUGCGCCUUUCCCUCUGGCUCCUCAUGGGCAUCUCGGUCCCUGCUCUGCUUCGGGCUGAAAUUAUGUCGCCUGUAGACAGAAAUAAGGAAAAUGGAUUGCAAAUGCCAAACCUAUGCAAAUUUUGUGAUGUUAAAGUAACAACCUGCACAAACCAACAUCAGUGCAAGAGCAACUGCAACAUCACUUCUAUCUGUGAGAAGAAUAGUGAAGUCUGUGUCGCUAUAUGGAGACAGAAUGAUGAAAAUGUGACAUUAGAAACAAUAUGCCAUGAUCCCCAGAAAACACUGUAUGGUCACACGUUGGAUGACUACAGCUCAGAGCAGUGUUUGAUGAGGGAAAAGAAGGAAGAUGGGGGACUGAUGUUCAUGUGUUCCUGUAUAGGUGAAGAAUGCAAUGAUAUGCUCAUUUUUCCAUCAGUUUGGCAACCCAGAUGGGACUCUUCCUCUGAAGCUCGACGGAUCCACGGGAUCGAGAGGACUCUGGUGACACCGAAGGUUUUUUGGGGAGAUCCUCUGAUCCCCUGGUCCGAUGACCCUCAUAAGCCAGAGGAGAAAGAUGAAAUUUCGAAAGUCACAAUCAUAAGUCUUGUCCCAUUACUGGUGAUUUCUGUUGCUGUGAUUGUUAUCUUUUAUGCCUAUCGCACUCAUAAGAAGAGAAAGCUCAACAAAGCAUGGGAGAAGAAUGUCAAGCCCAGGAAACAUAAGGACUGCAGUGAUGUUUGUGCCAUUAUGUUAGAUGAUGACCGCUCAGACAUCAGCUCUACCUGUGCCAACAACAUCAACCACAACACAGAACUGUUGCCCAUUGAGUUGGAUAUUGUCGUUGGCAAAGGAAGGUUUGCUGAAGUAUAUAAAGCCAAAUUGAAACAAAACACAUCGGAGCAGUAUGAAACGGUGGCAGUCAAGAUUUUCCCCUAUGAAGAAUAUGCUUCCUGGAAAACUGAGAAAGACAUUUUUUCAGAUGUAAACCUCAAGCAUGAGAACAUCCUCCAAUUUUUGACGGCAGAGGAGCGUAAGACAGAUCUUGGUAAACAGUAUUGGUUGAUCACUGCCUUCCAUGCUAGAGGAAACUUGCAGGAAUAUCUCACACGGCAUAUUAUCAGCUGGGAGGACCUCUGGAAACUGGGUGGGUCCUUGGCCCGAGGGAUUGCCCAUCUGCAUAGUGAUCACACACCCUGUGGUCGCCCCAAAACACCUAUCGUGCACAGAGACCUAAAAAGUUCCAACAUCCUGGUGAAAAAUGAUUUAACCUGCUGUCUCUGUGACUUUGGGUUAUCCCUGAGACUGGACCCUUCUCUGUCUGUGGAUGACUUAGCUAACAGUGGGCAGGUUGGCACAGCAAGGUACAUGGCCCCUGAGGUUCUGGAAUCCAGGAUGAACCUGGAGAACGUGGAGUCCUUCAAACAAACAGAUGUGUACUCCAUGGCUUUAGUCCUCUGGGAAAUGACAUCUCGCUGUAACGGCGUUGGAGAAGUGAAAGAGUACGAGCCCCCAUUUGGCUCCAAAGUGCGAGAACACCCUUGCGUGGAAAGCAUGAAGGACAAUGUCCUAAGAGACAGAGGGCGACCCGAGAUCCCCAGCUCCUGGCUUAACCAUCAGGGCAUCCAGAUGGUGUGUGAAACUCUUAUUGAGUGCUGGGACCAUGACCCCGAGGCCCGGCUCACGGCGCAGUGCGUUGCAGAGCGCUUCAGCGAGCUCAAGCACCAUGAUAAGCUCUCAGGAAGAAGUUGUUCGGAGGAGAAGAUCCCCGAAGAUGGCUCUGUGACCACUGCCAAGUAGUGCGCACCUGAGAGCUCCGAAAUGGAGGGAAGUCACUCCUAGAUGUGUUCACCUUGGCAAAGGAAGAAGUCUCGAUCGAUGCCUUGACUUGCUUCCUGGAGGACUGAGGCUGUCACUACUCCCUUUAGACUCCAGCUCUGGACAGGGAGAUGUAUUCAUGGGAAUUAAAAGCCAGGGAGUAGGUGUCAUACCCUAGCAUUGGCUGCUGGCAUCGUGUCGUAGGAGGAGCUAUGUAUGUUAGCACUUCCUCAGGAAAUGAGAUUUGAAAAUAGCCAAUAACAUUAUGCACUUUAUUAAUGCCUGUAUAUAACUAUGAAAUUGCUAUUUUUAUAUAUAUAUACAUAUAUAUAAAAAUGUGUGUAUAUGUAUAUAUAUAUCUAUCUAUGUAUCUAUAAACAGCCAUACUCUGAAAAAAUGAGUUAAAAAAAAAGAAGUGCUUCCAGAAAAUUACUGGUGCAUUAGACAUCCCUCCCCCUUAGGGAAGGAGCCAGAGGAGACUGGCAUAGCACAACACCAGCAAUUGUGCACUAAGCGCUCUGCCAAAAAGAUAGGAAUAAUUUGCGAUAACAAGACGCCUUUCAAAGCACGUGCUGUGAACACCUGGCUGUGGCCCUGCAGUCCACAGUUGUUAGGAGCAGUGUCACAGCAGACAGGCCAAUUUGGUUUUGCAGUUGUACCUAUGCAUUCCUGUCUGCAGCACAUUUUCGAAGGUUCAGGGAUGCCUUUGCCCUCUCACCUUAGCCCCAGUGUCUUCCCAGUGUCCCAGAACAGGAGUGAGAGGAGGGUUGGUCCCUCCAACACAUGUGUCGGAGGUCAUUAAUACAGAGGUCAUUAAUGUUAUACGUUUAUUGAUUUAAACUCACACUGCUUGCAAGCAGGUUGCAAAAUAUCAGCAGGUUGAGUUUUUUCCUCAUCCCAUCCCCACCCCCAAACCAUACAGAACAGCACAGGGCCAGCAAUAAUCCAAGCAGAUGUUUUAUAUUUGCUGUGCAUUCUGAGUGCAGGCAGGUUUUUUUUUGAUCCUUCCUUUUACCUCAGUUGCGUUGCUGUAAGAAUAAACAUUUUUUUCCCUGUACAGCAUGUCUGAUUGCUUGACACACCACAGUCUGACCCUGUUCCAUGCCUUCUAGAGAAAAGUAAGAGACAAUGGCCAGUGCCUUUAUUUUUGCAAAAGGACCUUGGAGGUGAGGGAAAGCUCUGUAGCAUUAGGUUAAUGGCAUAUCCUGCCCUCAGCACUGCUGGCAUAUAGGGCUGCCCUCAGCAAGUCAGGUAGGAACAGAAAAAACCCCAAACCCAAGAAAGAUGGUUUAUUCCAAAAAGAUCCCUCAGACAUUGCUUACGUUCUUUCAGUUCUCCAAAAUGUUUAAGACACUUGACAUCACAUUAGGCCUAUAUAAAUGACAGCAUUGUGUUUAAUAAGUGCUAACAAUUUUGCCUUCAGGAGUUUUGCAGUGAUUUUUCAACUUUUUUCUUUCCCGUGUAAGCAGGCCUUGGAAAUUAGAAAUUCAGCCAGCACAAACCAGUCCUGUACAGAUGUAUCUGGUGCCAUUUAUUAAACACCUUUGACAGAUAAACAUUGGCAUUUCUCUAGAAGACGUUGCCAUGUAAGUCAAUAGGAAUCAUGCGUAUUCAAAUAGGAGUUAAGAUUUAUGAUGACAAAUACUUUAUUUGAAAUGGGUUUGUAUCUGCUUCUUUUUAUUACUAUUUUAACCAAACUACUCAGAAAUAUUUAAACAGAGCAGGGCAAAACCUCAACAACUGCAGUGGAAUUCAGAGGACACUAUGUCACGUCAAAUUUUAGCGACGGAGGGGGGAAUCUGGUUUUUGUAAGGAAAGGGGAAGCGGGCGGGUGCGGGGCGGCGGGACCCGCUGCCCUCUAGCGACGCGCUGCUGCCGCCUCGGCUGCCCGGAGCCGGGAGCGGGCGGGGGGAGAGGGAAUGUCGCGGCCCGUUUCUCCUCCUCCACCCACCCUGAAGGUCAGGGAAUGGCAUCCGGUAGUUCCUGACAAUACUGACAUUUUUAUGGUUUUGGUUUUUUGUUUUUUGUUUUUUUUUUUUUUAUUACUACAUGUAAAGGCAAAUUUUUAUUCUCUUGAGGAAUAUUUCACCUUUACGUCAUGUAUGAAAUAGGAAUGUGAACAAUAUGUACUCUUAUGUAUCAAAUGUUUCAAGCACUUAACUUGCUUUGUAAACAGUUUUGGGGUUUUUUUUCUGUUUUGUUUUGUAUAAAUCAAAUGUUUAUUGGAGCAAAUAAAAUAACACUGACUAAA